AUGGCCGACAGCAGGAUGCAUGUCACACCUGACACAACAUCAGCUGUAUUCAAAACAAUAGAAAUUAUGGCCGGUGUAAUUAAGGAACUUGCAUCACCACCACCACGUAGAUUCCACCCUUAUUGGCCUCACCCAUACAAAUACACACCAAUAUCAUCAUCAUCAUUAUCACAACAACAUCAAAACACUAGAGUCAGCAGAUGGAAUAUAUUUGACUGA